AUGGCGGUUCCACGACCAUCUAGCGGAACGGAAGGCUUCUUCCAGACAGCACCGAAGUUGGGGAAUCAGUUGACGGAGGACUUCUUCUUGAACAGAAUUUACAACUUAUACAUCCCAAAACCAAUACAAACUGCCAUCGAACCCGACUUAUCCGCGUUUGGCGCCUACGUCGUCUCACCCGAUGUCUUCUCGCUAGUCGCAGAUGCGGAGCGGAACCCACCAACCGUAUCGACUCAUAGUCUCUUCGGCGUUCCACGAACCACCCUAGAUACCAGUCGAGGAUGGCAAGAGCUCCAGAAAAUCGGCAUAAAGCAUGGAAUCCUCGCAAUCGCAUACGAAGAGGCGCAAGGACACCAUAGCCGGAUGUAUCAGUUCGUGAAGUAUCAUCUAUGGACCGGGAGCAACGCAUGCGUCACAUGUCCCACAGCAAUGGCCGAUGGAGCUGCAAGACUCCUGAGCAACCACCUUGCCAAAGGCGGAUUAUCACUAGAGCAAGAGCAGGUAUUCCGCGCGGCCUACCAGCACCUUACGAGCCGCGACCCAGAAAAUGGAUGGACAAGUGGACAAUGGAUGACGGAACGGUCCGGCGGAAGCGAUGUCCGAGGCACCGAGACAGUCGCAACCUACGCGCCACAGCCAGCGAGCUCCUCAUUCACCGAUGCGCAUGGCUCUCCUCUCGGACCCUACACCGUCUCCGGCUUCAAAUGGUUCAGCAGUGCCACCGACUCCCAAAUGGCCGUCCUCCUCGCCAAGACCCCCGCCGGCAUCUCCGCCUUCUACGCCCCGAUGCGCCGCGCUAGCACCUCACCAUCGAACCCGCUCCCGUCCGAACUCAACGGCAUCGCCAUCCAGCGCCUCAAGCCAAAGCUCGGCACCCGGGCCGUCCCAACUGCCGAGCUGGUGCUGAACGAUACGCGAGCGUGGAUGGUCGGGCAGGAUGGCCAUGGGGUGCGGGAGAUUGCGUCGGUGCUGAACAUCACGCGGUUGUAUACAGGGAUCACGGCGUUGUCAUACUGGGGUCGUGGACUUGCGAUCGCGCGGGCGUAUGCACGUGUGAGGAAGGUGGAUGGUGGAGUACUGCUGACUGAUGUGCCGUCACAUCUGCGCACCUUGGCGAGAAUCACCGUGUCGUAUUCUGCAAUGAUGCACUUGGGGUACUUUGUCGUGGCCUUGAUGGGCAUCGUGGAGAACCCGGGGGCAUAUGAGAAGAGCGGAGAAGCGAUGCAGACAGCCCCGGUUCAGGAUGUUAAAGAGGCGACGGCUCUGCUACGUUUGCUGUUGCCGGUGAUGAAAGGGCAGUGCUCCAAAUUGUCAAUUGGCGCGUUGCAGGAGUGCAUGGAGGCCCUCGGUGGCGUUGGCUACCUGGAGGAUGAACAGGAGUUCAACGUUUCGAGAAUCUAUCGAGAUGCCAGCGUGAAUAGCAUCUGGGAAGGUACGACGGAUAUUAUGGGCACCGAUGUGGCUCGUGUGAUGAAGGGGAAAGGAGGGGUCCCUAUUCUAAAAGCAUUAGGAGGAUGGGUUGCCCGGAAUACGAACACCUGGACCGAAGAAUGGGGGAGCGCUGCUGAGCUCGUGAUGCAAGAGUUCAAGAGGCUGGAAGAGGUGUGGAUUGGACUACAGACCGAGGAGCUGCGAUUCCGCGGAAGAGAACUGCUUAACUCCCUCUCUUGGAUUGUGUCAACAGUUUGCCUUGUCGGAGACGCGCAAAGGGACAACCAUCCUGUCAUGGUCGAGGUUUCAAAGAGGUGGAUCGGCGAAAAGCAACCAAAAGCCUCGAUUGAAACGGAAAACUGGAGGAGCAUAUCAGUGUUGGAUAAACUGGUUGUCUUUGGUGCCGACUCAACUAGCUCCAAGCUAUGA